AUGACGGUCAGUCUGUGUAUGUCGCGCUCUGGUUGUGUCACAGUUAAUACACACCGCCCCCCCCCCACUCUCUGUCUGUGCGCGAGCCUACCUCGCAGUUUCCGGUUGUUCCCGGAAGUGCCCCCGAGGUGGGCGGGGCUCGCAGUCAGGGUGUGCUCGGGGGUCAGGACACGUCACUUCCGGUGCGGCCUGGGGAGCAGGAGAGGUGAGAGCACCGGGCGGACACACACCCAGAAACAUAGUAACUUUAUAAUAAUAAUAAUAAUAAUAAUAAUAAUAUAAUAUACUGGGUCUGGGAUUACACACGGUGUUAUUAUUAUAAUAUACCGGAGAGGGAGUGAUAAUGAUACAAUAUACUGGGAUAACACACUGUAAGGGGUCUCUGUAUUCCUGCCGGUUAAUAUAUAUAUACACAUUAUUCAUGUUAUUAUUAUUGAUAUUAUUAUUAUUAUUAUUAUUAAUGAUAUUAUUGUCUUAGUGCUGUAUAUCAGGCUGUAUGGUGCUAUGAUAUUCAGUACUGCUGGUGAUAGUAGUGUGAGGAUAUUCUAUUGCCGUAUAGUGCUGGGAGAUAUAUAUAAACACACGCUAUUUGUGUAGUGGAGGUCAAAGGUUGAACCGUCAGAUGCUGUAGAAAAAUCUUCCAUACGUUUCAUGAGGGUAAAAGGUUAUCUGUUCCCCAGGGUUCAGUGUUAUAACACACACACCGGGCCAGUCCGGUUACAGUAGGCACACCGCGCCAGUCCGGUUAAAGUAGGCACACCGGGCCAGUCCGGUUACAGUAGGCACACCGGGCCAGUCCGGUUACAGUAGGCACACCGGGCCAGUCCGGUUACAGUAGGCACACCGGGCCAGUCCGGUUACAGUAGGCACACUGGGCCAGUCCUGUUACAGUUGGCACACCGGGCCAGUCCGCUUUCAGUAGGCACACCCGGCCAGUCCGCUUUCAGUAGGCACACCCGGCCAGUCCGCUUUCAGUAGGCACACCGGGCCAGUCCGCUUUCAGUAGGCACACCGGGCCAGUCCUGUUACAGUAGGCACACCGGGCCAGUCCGCUUUCAGUUGGCACACCGGGCCAGUCCGCUUUCAGUAGGCACACCGGGCCAGUCCUGUUACAGUAGGCACACCGGGCCAGUCCGCUUACAGUAGGCACACCGGGCCAGUCCGCUUACAGUAGGCACACCGGGCCGGUCCGCUUACAGUAGGCACACCGGGCCAGUCCGGUUACCGUAGGCACUAGGAACUAGCAAUACAUCUACCAUGAGAGGGAGAAUACCGAGUGUGGAUCAUUUAUAGAUCUAUAUUAUUACUUUUACUGGUAUUUAUAUAGCGCCAGCAUAUUCCAUAUCGUUUUAUAUAUAUACACACCUUAAAUUUUGCAAUCGUGCUACUAGCCAGAUCUUAAAAUGUACUCACCACUGCAAGCUAUAGUAUUCCACCAAGGAGUGAAUUUCAACUCGUCAGGGCUAACUAUUCACUCAGUGGCAAGUGGAAAUUAGAAGCCCAGUAUGUAUUUAUAUAUCUCACAGCACCAACAGCAAUGUAUAUAUGUCAUGGUGCUGAACAGCAACAAUGUAUAUUUCUAUAUUUGUCUUUUAAUUGGGCACAUAUCAAAAAUACAAAACUUGGUAAGAACAUAAAUGUUUCCAUUGAUCACCAUUGUAAAUUCAGUCAUGACAAUGGGAUAGAACAAACUCAUUUAUCCCUGUGGUUAUUAAUGGGACACUAUUGUCAUCCAAACCCCUUUAUCUCAUUGAAGUGGUCUGGGCGCAAUGUCCCUAUCCCACUUAGUCCUGUAAUGUAAAUCAUUGCGGUUUUUGAGAAACUGCAUUAAAGGACCACUCUAGGCACCCAGACCACUUCAGCUUAAUGAAGUGGUCUGGGUGCCUGGUCCAGCUAGGGUUAACCCAUUUUUGGGUUAAGCCUUCCCCUAUUUCCUCUAGUGGCUGUCUCAUUGACAGCCGCUAGAGGCGCUUGCGUGCUUCUCACUGUGAUUUUCACAGUGAGAGCAUGCCAGCAUCCAUAGGAAAGCAUUGAUAAUGCUUUCCUAUGUGACCGGCUGAAUGCGCGCGCAGCUCUUGCCGCGUGUGCGCAUUCAGCCGACGGGGAGGAGAAGAGGAGGAGAGCUCCCCGCCCAGCGCUGGAAAAAGGUAAGUUUUUCCCCCUUUCCCUCUUCCAGAGCCCGGCGGGAGGGAGUCCCUGAGGGUGGGGGCACCCUCAGGGCACUAUAGUGCCAGGAAAACGAGUAUGUUUUCCUGGCACUAUAGUGGUCCUUUAAUUACCUUGGAGGACUAAGUGGGGGGACUAAGAAAGCCACUGGAGGCAUUUCUCUAGAUUCUCCCAAAUCACGCUGGACGUGCUCACGCUGUGCAUGAGGGCAUUCAGUGUCGGUGAAAUCCCCAUUGGAAAGCAUAGAAGCAAUGCUUUCCUGGGAGGAGGGCCAUACAUGCGCAUUGUUGUGCUUCACCUUUUCCAAUGCAAUUUCCUAUCAGUGAGUGCAUUAGGCCCGCCUGAUAGGAAAGAAUUGAAUCUGAUUUCUCUGAUGUUGAAUGUCCUCAUACAGUGUGUAAUAAGUUAAGGGACCUAAGGUCCAGUAAGAUUCCUAUAGUGGCUGUCCUAGUGCGGCAAUGUAAACAUCACAGUUUCUCUAAAGCUGUAAUGUUUUACAUUGCAACACUACCAGCAAUGGGGACACUGCACCCCGACCACUGUAAUGAGCUGAAGUGGUCUGGGUGCCUAUAGUGUCCCUUUAAAACAGAGGUUGAGAUUUUAGUGAUUUUCUGCUCUUGGUAACACAGUGCUUUACCAUGAUAAAAAUUUACUGCCCUGGUUGUGCUGUAUGGGGCACAGUAAAGCAACCAUCAAGUUCACUAGGACAAAAAAAAAUGUUCGCCUGUUAUUGUGUCUAGCACUUGGACAAUAUUUAGCACCAUUCAGAUCAGGAUAAGAUUCUAGCCAGGAAUAGUACAGAUUUUCUCAUAAGAAGAUUAUUAGUGAAUGGGGAUUAACCUUUCAUAAUUCUAGUGUUCAGUCUCCACCUGUCAGUUGCAGGGAUUAGUUGUGUAGCAUGACGUAUAUUCAUGCACUAUUUCAAUUUUUGGCAAAUUAAUUCCAUUAGUCCAAGUUAAUUAAACUUUAGUCUGAGAGAUAACGUGCAUUAUUUUUUUUUCACAUCUAAAAUGUGAUCAAUAAAUAUACAAAGUUCAGACCUUAACCUCUUAAGGACCAAACUUCUGGAAUAAAAGGGAAUCAUGACAUGUCACACAUGUCAUGUGUCCUUUAGGGCAGGGCUUGACAAAUUUUCUUGGAAUCUAGGAGCCAGCUAGAAAAAUAAUGAGCCAGAGAAAUUAAUGCCAAAAAUACAAUUCUUAAAGGGACACUAUAGUCACCAGAACCACUACAGCUUAAGGCAGUUGUUCUGAAGUCUAUAUCUUGUCCCUGAAUGCUUUUCAAUGUAAACACUGACUUUUCAGACAAAAGGCAGUGUUUACAUUACUGCCUGGUAACACCUCUAGUGACAGUCACUCAGUUGGCCUCUAGAGGUGCUUCCUGGGUCAGUGCUUCACAAUGUGCAGCACCUUCAUUAAUGUUCCCUAUAGAGUUGCAUUGAUUCAAUGCACCUCUAUGAGAAGUUUAAUUGGCGCAGUGGCAUUUGUCCGUGCAUGCGCAAUAGUCUUCCAAUGCUUUCCUAUGGGGAUGCAUUGGCUGAGAUCGUCAAGAUUGAUAAUUUCAGCCAUGGAGGUGGGGCCAGCCGCAGUGUCGUCAGCACGGCGUGGGGAAAAAAAGGUGAGUAAAAACACUCACAGACAUAUAGACACACACUCACAUACACACAGACUCACAAACAUACAGACACAUACAAACAUUUACUGACAUACAGACACACACAAACAUUUACUGACAUACAGACACACUUACUCACAAGCAGUUACUUAUUUAAAUCCACCCAGCCUCCUUACUUCUGGAGAGCUGGAGUGGAUAGGUUUUCCCUGGGGUCCAGUGGGGCUGCUGUCAUCUCCCUACUCAGCUCCCUCUCGCACACUGUUUAGUGAGCUCCUGGCAUCACUGCAAGCUGCACGAGGGAGGUGAGUAGGGAGAUUACAGCUCCUUCACCGCGGCAUUAAGACGUCCAGCCACCCGCCUCCCUCUGCACUCCGUUACCCGGCUGCGCUCUCCAUAGGCUGGCCGCCCCCCUCCCUCAGCAAUACAUGAGCUGGCCGCUCCACUCCCUAUGUCAGCCGCUCCACUCCCUCUCACAACUCUCCAUGAGCCGGUCUCCCUCCCUUACUUGUCAAUGACCCGGCCGCCUCUAUCCGUCAGCAGUCUGCCUCAGCCCUCCGUGAUCCAACUGCCUGCCUCUGCUCUCAGGCAGCCGGUCACCUCGGGGGCUGAACAGGCUCACAAAUCCCAGGUGCCAAGACAAAUUUCCGGGGCGACCUGGCGCCUGGGAUUUGUCGAGCCCUGCUAUAGGGGUUAAAGAGACACUAUGGUCACCAGAACAAUUGCAGUUUAUUGAAUUUGUUCUAGUGAGUAGAAUCAUUCCCUUUAGGCUUUUUGCAGUAAACACUGUCUUUUCAGAGAAAAUGCAGUGUUUACUUUACAGCCUAGUGAUGACUCCACCUGCCACUCCUCAGAUGGCUGCUAGAGGUGCUUCCUGGGCAGUCCUGCCUAGUGUGCAGCACUACUCUUCAGUAUCUCCUCCCUCUGCAUGCAGACACUAAACUUUCCUCAUAGAGAUGCAUUGAUUCAAUUCCUCUCUAAGAGGAGAUGCUUAUUGGCCAGGGCUGUGUUUAACUUGUGCUGGCUCUGCCCCAAUCUGCCUCCUUGACAGUGACAGAAGCAUUGUGAUUGGCUCAGACCACCACUUUUGAUGAUGGCAGAGACAGCAGCUGCAGACUUGCAUAAAAGUAAGAUUUUACUAUAUUUAGGGAGGCAAGAGGGGGGUUAGGGAGUUAGAUUGUGGAUUUAACACUAUAGGGCAGGGGUAGGCAAACUUUUAGCAGCACUGUGCCGAUAUAGGAUUGUGAUGUCCUAUUUUUUUAAAUUGAGGUGUGUAUGCUGCCAUAUUCUGAUUAUUUUUACUGUAAUUGCUUUGUAUCGUUGUAUUUGUGCGUAUAUGAGCUAUUAUAUUGUAUAUAUUCAUUAGUAUUUUGUGGUAUCGUGUAUGAUACAUAUGAAAGGGGGAUGUGUAUAGGGGCUGCUUGUGGAAUUGUGUGUGUGGAUGGAUGGAUAUGUCACAUUGUGUGUUUGGUAGUGUGUGGGGGCUGUUUGGGGUAUUGCAUGUGAGAGGCUGCAUGUGGGGUUGUGUGCGUGUAUGUGGAUUGUCAGUGGUGUUCAGUUUGUGCGGAUUGUGUGUAUGUUUGUGUGUGGGCUGUCCGUAUUAUUUGUAUGAGGGGAGGGUCUUUCUGCAUUUCUGUGUAUAUCUAGCAGUGUGGGUGACUUCCCUGGGUUCCAGUGGGGACCAGGCCAGCCAAGUACAGGUCAAGGACUGGAGCUGCAACUGCGAGCUGCUCUACUACUGUGUGGAUUCCCAUUCACAAGUGCUGGAAUGAACUGCUCUGAGAUCACUUCCUCUAUGCUGCAAUGCGUAAAUUGAGGAUUGUCCUUCACCACCUCUUCGUAUUAGCAGAUAUCUGAAGUUUUACUGGGACUCCUGAUAGGCCAGAGCCCGUUUGGCUCUAACAGCCUUGAGUGCCGUGCAUGGCACUAGUGCCGUAGGUUGCCUACCUCUGCUAUAGGGUAAGGAAUACAUGUUUGUGUUCCUGACCCUAUAGUUUUCCUUUAAGCCCAUUGUGAUUUUGCAAAUCUAUAUACACACAAUGAACACCUUUUAACAUAAGUUGUUUUCCAAACAUGAGUUAUCAACCAACUAAACUAGAAAUAAUGCAGCUGGCAAUAGGUUCAUCAUUAUCUAUGUAUUUCUAAUGGUAUAUAACAAAAUCAGCUCUGAUAAUUGUUAAACUAAUCUGAAAAAAAAUAUUCUAAAUAUGAAGUAGUUAUCUGAUUGCAAAUAUUAAAGAGUAUAACAACAAGCAAGAAUCAGUUUUAACAUUAAGAAAUCAAGAUUUAAAUUAAACCACCCUGAUAAUUACUACCACACUCAUCUUCCGUUUCUUUCAUAAGUGCCAAGUAUCCUAUGAUCCUCUAAUUUCUCGUUAUCUUCCUGCAGUGUUAUAAGAAUGUUGUUCACUCCCCACCUCUUCCUCACCGUCCUCCUGCUGCUGGCCUUGGGUUCCAGGGCCAAGUUCCAGGAGUUUGAUGACAGCGAUGAUGUAGCAGAGUAUGACGACAAUGACUUUGCAGAGUUUGAAGAUGUUGGUGAUGAAGCGCCAACUGCUCGACCCCCCCACCACCAUACACCCGAGCAACAGCAACAUGCAGUGGAGGAGGAAGAGGAAGAUGAUGAAGAGGCCACCGUGGAGCUAGAGGGACAAGAAGAAUUUGAAGAUGACACAGAAGGACAGGUGAUGAUCCAGUUGGGCCGAUGUAUCUUUGAUUUUGGUUCCACAAUAGUACAGUUAUUUAUAAAAAAAAUAAAUAAAGCAACGGAGUCAGUGCUCAUGGCCUCACGGCGUGGCAACUUUAGCCUAAAUUAUGCAAUUCUCUUUUUAGUUCAAUACAGUGACACACCUCAGUGUUGGAACAUAACACUUUAUUUCUAAUACUACACUUCACUAAUUAGAGAAUUAAUCCAAACAAACCAUAGGAUAAUUUGUUCCUGCUGAGUGAAACACUGUAAAUGAUUUUGGGAGUUGCUAAUUGUACAAUUCAUUUGUUACAGGAGGGUGAUGCAGAUAACGAACCCUAUGAUGAUGAAGAGUUUGAAGGUUACGACGAUAAGAUGGAGCCCGGAAGUCCCAACAAGAUGAAGGAACCCAUCACUAUUGUUGAUGUAUGUACACUACAUGAAACUAAAAUAAUUACACGCCUACCGUACAACAGGAAACAGUUAUUCUCUUUACAUUGGAGAUAACCCUCGUAUGUGUACAAUGUAGCAUCUUUUAAUGCAGCAUGGAAUAUUGCACAUGCCUUUUAUACUUAUAUGUGAAAAAAAAAUCAAAUGAGUUUGUCCCUUCAUAUUUAUUUCCAGUAAGUGGAAUGUUAAAGGUUCACUAUAGGGUCAGGAACACAAACAUGUAUUUCUAACCUUAUUGUGCAAAGCCCACCAUUUAGGCGGCUUGUCCCCACUUAGCCCCCUCAGAGUGGGUUAAAACUUAUUUUCAGCUCUCCACUGUUAUGCUGGCGCUGGCCCCGCCCCCUUGGCGACAUCACAAUUGCCGGGUUUUAGCCAAUCCAAUGCUUUCCCAUGCAAAAAUUGGCAAGGGGGCGGGGCCAAACACUGUUUUGGCCAAUCAGCACCUCGUCAUAGAGAUACAUUGAAUCAAUGCAUCUCUAUGAGGAAAAUUCAGCGCUGAACGGAAGGGCUGAACUGUGCAGCCCUGAGCCAGGAAGCCCCAUCCAGUGGCCAUCUGAGGAGUGGCCCCUUGGAGGUGCCUCUAGGGGCAAUGUAAACACUGCAUUUUUUCUGAAAAGACAGUGUUUGCAUUAAAAUGCCUGAAGGGAGCUAUUCUACUCACCAAAUCAACUACAUUAAGCUGUAGUUGUUUUAUAGUGUCCUUUUAAACCAUCAUUGGUAACACAGUUAAAUAAAUUUUAAUACCGUGUUCACUAGAGAAGUCUCAUCCAAGUAGUGCUUUUGUUUGCUUUUGCUUACAUGUUGUUUGUGCUGCCCUCUUUCAGGUGCCUGCCCACCUACAGAAUAGCUGGGAGAGUUACUACAUGGAGAUCCUAAUGGUAACUGGACUCCUCGCGUACAUCAUGAACUAUAUUAUCGGCAAAAACAAGAACAGUCGCCUGGCACAUGCAUGGUUCAACUCUCACCGCGAACUGCUUGAGAGCAACUUCUCCCUUGUAGGUGAGUUUUAGAGCCAGCAAAUGAUAGAAUCUACACCAGUUUGUAGGUUAACUAGGUUCCAGAACAUGGAAUAUUAGUGUAGACUGUAGAACAAGGCAACCAAUGAGAAGGUUAGUUGUCUAGUGUUUGCUAAACUGCAAUCUAUGUUUCUUCCAACUUUUGUUCAGUCGAAGCCUGGUGACGGAGUUAUAGUUAUCCAACAUCUGCUAAGCUGUCGGGUCGUCACUACCUGUUCUAAUUUAAGUGAAAUUGAAAGGUCAAAAUUUGCAGCAACUGGACCGGACUUAAAUGUUCUCUUGCUUGGUUAAAUGAAAAUCCUAAUUGUUUUCAAAAAUGUACUUUUAUAACAGCUAUAAGUAAUGUAGAGUUGCUUUUAAAAAUGCAAAGUUUCUUUAAAAAAAUAGUUUGAACAUGACAAGUAGGUCAGUAAGCAGCUGGUGUGCAACAUAAGAAAGCAUACAUUAAUAUAUGUGUAUUUCUGCUAACUUAUUAUUGCUCUUAACCUUGGGUGGGUAUAUGAUAAGUCCUGAAGGACUCUUUACAUUUCGAUAAUAUGUAUUCUAAUAUAUUACUUAAAAUAUACACAUCCUGCGAGAUUAAGAAACAAAUGUUUGUACUAAUUGGAGUUACCUGUUUCUGAAAUUCUCAUGGCAGGAGAUGAUGGGACCAACAAGGAUGCGGUUAGCACCGGGAAGCUGAACCAGGAGAAUGAACACAUUUACAAUCUUUGGUGUUCGGGAAGGCUGUGUUGUGAAGGCAUGCUUAUUCAGCUAAAGGUAUAUUGACAGGAACAUUACCAUAACCACUGCUUGAUUAUGCAAACUGUCUUUGGGCACCGUAACAAUGAUUGCGUUAAAGCACUUUUGAGAAAACCAAAGGGGAUUCUUCCAGGCCAUCUGUUGUGGGUAUGACAAUGUGGAAGUGAACUUUUGCAUUAUCCAUCUAGCCAUUGAUAGCCGGCAGCGAGCUGGAUUAGCCAUAUGCUCACAAAAAUCUGAAACUCUGCUCACUGAUACAUUAUCCAAACAACAACAGGAGUGUGACAGAGCUCCUGUACUCCAAAUGAGUAGCCCUGCCAGAUCAGAUUCCUAGCAGGUUCUCUGGAGCACUUCAGAUCCAGUCACCGAAGCUUGACUGGGGUAUCUGAGGACCUCUUUCACCGGACCAGGAUGCAAUAAUUAUAGUCAGGAGACCUUCUCUUCUGUAAAGCAGAGACUACAGCUUUUCCCCCCAUGCAUUAGACCAGUCUGAAUGCAAGGGGUAGAAUGAUCUUUAUUGCAUGGCACACAGCUAUUUAUAUACAGCUCCUGCGUGCGGUGGCUUAGUCCUGGUCUUAAAGGGGUUCCCGGACUUCUAAGGAUGAAAGCACUCUCAAUCCCCAGGUAUCAUCCGAUGCCUCCAAAACCUCCCCUCCAAAUAGCACUCUGUUUCAUUUUGGUCAGAUCUCAGCACAGUCCCGAUCUAAAGCACGGUUCCAGAGUGUUUCAGGGUAUAUAUGUCAGAAGCUCGAUGUGUAACAUGAGUCUAUGUGAUCCCCAAGUUAAGCUGGGAAGCACAGUAAGUGUCUCAUACCCCUCCCCACAAUGACAGUAGCACCUUUCAGAGGCUUUUGGGACCAGGCCCAUAGUUUGUGGGCAGGAGGCUGUCAUUCAAACCUCUCUUAAAGUCCGUGGCAUGGUAUCUUCCGUCACAAGGAGAGUCCCCAGUUGGUGUCCGAUCACUUUAUUGUCAAAAACUGUAGGGAGGCUUCCAAAGACUCUUAGCACGUUAUCCUCCACAAAGACCUAUAGUGGUUAUGGUGUUAUUUCUAUUUACACAAGGUGCAUUUUUUAUUAUUUUAUUUCUUCUAAUAAAGUGAAAGCCAAAUAGGUUUUUGGCAUUUUUUAGGAAUUUCCAAAAGAGGCCAGCUACACAUUUUUACCACUCAAAGUGCAUAUUGUUUCUUUUAAACAUAUUACAAAGAUUGUAAAAUAUAUAUAUUUUUUUUAAACCUUCUCCACAGUUUUUGAAGCGCCAGGAUCUGCUCAAUGUGUUGGCUCGUAUGAUGCGUCCAGCGUGUGAUCAAGUGGUAUGUCCUGUUUGAUCUGGUGCUUCAUAUGGUGGUGGUAACAGAUUGCGUGCCCCUUAGCUCAGCACUGUCUGGUUCCCUGUAAUAACCAUGAUAUUAACACCAUGUAACUGUACGUUUUCUCUUUGUUUCCACUUUUAGCAAAUAAAAGUGACCAUGAAUGACGAGGAUAUGGAUACAUACGUUUUUGCCGUUGGGACUCGGAAGACCCUGACUCGGCUGCAGAAGGAAAUGCAGGACUUGGUAUGUUGUUGAUAUAUUUAUUUAUUCAAUUAAUAAGGAUAAACCGUUCCCAUGGGGUAAGAUACAUCAUAUCAAAAAUUCUGUAAUUUCUUUUUAAGAUAUUUAUUCACUUGAAUAGGUCAAUACUUCUGUUCAUGUGCAGUGUUACUGUAACGCCCAAUUUUACAUCCCUGAUAUUGUUAUAAAUUGUAGCAGUAUUGGUAAAAAGCUCGAACACUAGAUUAUCCUGGUAGAUAUAUAGGUGACAUUUGCUGCUGUAAUCGUCACAACAUUUUGAUUCCUAUACCUCUGUGUGUCUCGUAAAACUGUUUGCUCCUGGUGGUAUCCUGUAUGAAACAACUUAAACUUUUAAUUCUCCGACCAGAGCGAGUUCUGUGGUGACAAGCCCAAGUCUGCAGCCAAACUGGGUCUUCCCGAGUCACUUGCCAUCCUGUCUGAGAUGGGGGAGGUGACAGAUGGUAUUUUGGACACUAAGGUAAGAAAAUAAGAAAAAGCAGUAACAAUUACUCUAUCACGUUGUCUUCCUCACCUUAAUUAAAACCCACUUGCUUUUUUGUUUUGUUUACAGAUGGUUCAUUUCCUAGCACAUUAUGCUGAUAAGAUUGAAUCCAUUCACUUUUCGGACCAAUUCUCUGGUCCAAAGAUUAUGCAAGAGUACGUAUUGCUUUACAUAAAAAACACAAAUGUUUGAGAUAAUGAUGUUAAUGAAACUGGCAAUAGAGAUUUUUUUUUUUUAAAUUAUUACUAAACAUCUGGCACAUUUUUGUUAAAUUAACUGAUGUCACCUCUUCUUACUGAGAAGGCACAUGUGGUGCAAGCCCAUACAGAUAUACCAUCCAGGAUUCCUUGCAUCCAUUAAAUUGUAGAAUCCCGUGUGAUUGACUUUUGUUUGAUUUUGCGAGUGUUGCAUCCUAAAUGAUUACACGUUUUCAUAUACUUCAGCGGACACUCAUUUCAAAGUCAAAACUUUCAGUAUUUGUCCACAAAUUGUAAAGUUUCAAACAGGCAAGGAAUUUUGACGACGGUUCAUCAAAAUGGCCAUUUCAGGCCACGCAAGUAGAAUUUAUUUAUAUUCUGCUUGAUUUCCAAUGUAAUGUAUGUCCAGCAGUGCUAUACUCGGGUCUUAAAAUCUGUCAGGGCUGGUAUAAUAACAAAGAAUCUACUAAAUCACCACCUUGAAGGGCUUAAACUGUAAAAAUCUGCUAACGUAUGUUGUUGUUUGUAUUUUUUUUUUCCCCAGGGAGGGGCAGCCACUGAAACUCCCAGAAACCAAGAGAACACUCCUGUUUACAUUAAAUGGUAAAUUGAGAGCAAUGAUAAUGGAAUAUGGAUCGCUAUACAUUUUGUUUGCAUCCAAUCGGCAAUCAUUUAUUCGUUUGCGUGAGAUAAUCUCUUUUUUUUUUUUCUCUCAGUGCCUGGCAACGGAAACGCAUCCGUAAAAGACAUGGAAGCCCUUCUUCCAUUGAUGAAUAUGGUCAUUUACAGCAUUGACAAGGUGAAGAAAUUCCGGCUGAACAGAGAGGUGAGUGCAUGAACUAUACAGAGUGUCUAUAUACAGAUUUUAGGAUAUCUCGUCAUCCUCCAAUUAUGCCGCUCUAAUUACCCACUACAGAUAGGUGUAUAUUUUUAAUAAAGGAACCUGAAUUGGCGUGGAAUAAAAUUAUGCACCACCAACCAAACUGGAGGGUAUUCCAUAAUCUCGCUUUAUUGUAUUUUGCCAAGAUAUGUAUGAGUGGAUGUGAGUGAAUAUCUGCUUGGCAUCCCAUAAUGCAACUGUACUAUUUGUCAUAUUUUUAGUUCCAAUUUCACCUGUCCAUUAUCCAUUAUCAUGUUACUAGCAAGUCUGAGAAAAUAGAUGGUGUAGAUGAAGAAAGGAGCACCACAAAAUGUCAUAUCUGUUUGGUUUUUACACAGUAUUAAGACUUGACAGUGCUACGUGCAACAGUGCAAUUUAAUAUAGUUCUAGCCUAUAUUUUAUUAAAAAAAUUGCCUUUAUCUUAAAAGUGAAUAUUUAGCCCCACCAAAACACUUGUUACAAUAGUCCACCUAGCAGUGUCAGUGUAGCGUGUUUUUGCAGGAAUCAGAGACGCGUCUCAGGCUUUAGGUAUGAUCAUGCGUAGGUAUUCAUUCUUUAUUUUCCUCCAUUACUCACAUGGCUGUCAUCUGCUUUAGGGCAAACAGAAGGCUGAUAAGAACCGCGCACGAGUGGAGGAGAACUUUCUGAAGCUCACGCAUGUGCAGCGCCAAGAAGCCGCUCAGAGCCGACGCGAAGAGAAGAAACGGGCUGAGAAGGAACGUAUCAUGAAUGAGGAGGAUCCUGACAAGCAGCGCAGGCUUGAGGUGAGUGCGUUGUGUUAUAUAAAGUUCAGAGACUGAAAUAGUACUGGAGCCAUAAAACCUAUUCAGUUCUUACUGCUAUGGAUUUCCUUUGAUAACUAGUACUUUAUGAAAGAGAAGCACUUCUGUAAUGAUUCAUGUUAUGAAACACACGUUUUAUCGUAAGGGCAUUGGCCUCUGAAGGAUGGAAUAUGAAAAUGUGUUUGUUUAGGAGAGGGAAAGACUGCUAAACAGUAUAUCCAGGUUAUCGUUGAAUUUCCGUGAUACUUUGUUUGUACACCGUAUGCAGGAUCUGACUCUUCAUUUCAGUAGAUUUAUUGAAAAUGUAGACUUACUCUUAGGGCAGCGCUAAUAGCAGUGCAUGGAAUGACUCUUGGUAUAUACAUUGUAGGUGUUGGGAAAUAUCGGCAUUCAGUACAGGAACUGUUCUCUAAUUUCGGUUUUGUUCUAAUAUACUGUCCGCUCAUGAACAGUUGUGGCAUCAUUCCCUGGUUCCAGGUCAGAUUGAAAAAAAUUUUGGUGUGGUUUUACCAACACUGGCGGUCCCUGGGUCAUCUGUGGCUUGACACAUGCACAUCAUGUAUACGUGAAAGUUAUGUUUCUGCAUUAGCGGUAUCAGACGUGGCCAUAUUUGGAUGGCACUGAUAGGCUUGCCGCGUUAGCCGAUGGCUUUAGACCAUCACUGCAAACGAAUUAUAGCAGACAUUAAUCAUGAAAAUGGUUUAACCCAGAUGCAUACAGUGAGAUGUAGUGGUUAUGGUAUAUAGCCUGCCUUUUUUAAAGCACAAUGUAUGACAUUUUACUAUCCCCUUGCUACACAUCAGGGAAGUGUGACACAGAUUAACUGAAUAUUAAUUUACAAACGUUUGUCUGGUCCCAAAUACAUUGUGUUUCUUUCUUAUAUUCCAUCUCUCCAGGAAGCUGCUCAGCGUCGGGAACAGAAGAAAAUGGAGAAAAAGCAGAUGAAGAUGAAGCAGAUCAAAGUGAAGGCCAUGUAAUUCGUUCCGAUCUGUUUAAUUGGGCUAGAAAUCAAGGCGAAUAAAAUUGGCAUCGGAAGACUGCUGCUGAAUACACAGAAACAUAUACAAUUAACUGCCACGUCGUCUCCAGUGAAUACCUAUUCGUUACCCUUCUGUCAUUUCGUAGUACAGCUCUCACUAAGCCUGUGGCUGUGCGAGGGUUCAGAAGAUGCGUGUUUUUGGUGAGCUAGUGUCAUCAGCGCUGAACAUCUUCUCUCUCUGGUACAUUAUCUGGAAAUGCUGGCUUGGAACCUUGGAAGGAGAAGUUUGUUCGUUUUAAAGAUUUCAGGAAAUAUAAUUAUAUAGCAACUUUCAGAAUGGAAAGUUUCUAAUAAUUGUCAUACAGUAUGUAAAUCUGCUCCAUUUAACAGCAUUAACCCUCCUCCCUCAUUAGGCUGAAAAUUUUUGUCAGAAUAUAUAGAUAUUUGGGAGGUUUUAUGCCCUUCUAAAUUCUUCUAUGGAUAAUGCAAAGUAUUAAUGUAUUUACAGCUGGGGUUGGCUGUUUCGGUUUUGUAGAUUUUUUUUGUACUGCACCUCACAGCAAAAUAUGGGGAGUUGUAAUUGCUCCUGGACUUAAAUGAUCAGACCAUUUUGAGGUUUGUUUUUUUUCUUUCCAAAAAAUGAAGGUUUUAAAGGUUUUUUGUUUUGCAGUUAAAUAGCACGUUCACCUGUUUGAAAUUUUAGAUACCUAAAUAUAUACAUAUUUAAUUAUAUAAAAAGAUAAGUUAUUGAGAGUUUGUCAAAAGUUUCAGAUUGCUGUGAAACACUGUCAGUCAUGCCACAUGUUUAAAUCUGCGUCAGAGUUUUAAAGAGUUGCAACGUUGUUUAUAUUAUAUAGAGAGAAAUACAUUUUUAAAACGCUUGUUGGAAUUUUAAAAAAAGCCAUGUGUACUUACAACAACAAAAAAAGCUGUUUUCUGACUUUUCUAAAUGCCUAGAGUGGACCUAUUGUGCACAAAAACAAACAAACCAGAUGGCAUGUUUAGCACAUAGGUAAACAAAUUUAAUAAAAUAAUUUGCCUGGCUCAAUCGCUAUCAACUAAUAUAAAUUAAAAAAAGAUAUUUCAGUUGAUUGCAUUUGUCAUUGGCAAGGUGAUUACCACAAUGAUGACUAAAUUAUAAAUAAAUGUAUGUCUAUGCCAGGCUUCCCCAAACUCCGCCCUCCAGUUGUUACUGAACUACAACUCCCAAGAUUCUCAGCCUAUCUACACAAUUCAUAGAAUCAUGGGAGUUGUAGUUCAGCAACAUCUGGGGGGGCCGGAGUUUGGGGAAGCCUGGUCUAUGCCUUUCCUAUUCCAUAAUUGAGAUUUGUUUAGUUUUUUUUAAAUAAGAGGGCUUCUUUUAGAAGCCAUCUGUCUCUCCUAUAAUGUGUAUAUAGUCCAGGGAUAGGCAACCUUUGGCACUCCAGAUGUUGUGGACUACAUCCCCCAUAAUGCUGGCAAAGCAUCAUGGGAGGUGUAGUCCAAAACAUCUGGAGUGCCGAAGGGUGCCCAUGGCUGGUAUAUACAAUAAGAUCAAAUGAGCAGUCAAAGGAAAAAUAAACACACCUAGCAAUCUCUCAGCUGAAACUUAUGUUAGCAGAGAAAUUCUUUGUCAAGUUUUUUAGUUUUUUUUCUAAACUUAAUAAUGUGUCUUUAGUGGCUGUUUAAACAGUUUUUCAAGGUUCAACAACAAACUUAAGAUGUAUUUACUUAUUUUUUUCGCUCACAGUAUAGUUUCUUGCAAUUUGCAAGUGACUCUUGAGAAAUGCAGUCUUGGAAUAAAACUGUUAAAUAUUAUUUUAAGGAAAUAUUUUCAAUAAAGAAUAUCUACAGUAUUUGAGCAUGGCAGCAAGGAUCUAUAGUACAGAUAACAGAUUAUAUAUAUCUUAAUAUCACCUGAACCCUUUUCAAGCUCGGGAAUAUUUAUUAUUACAGUGUAUAAAUCAGAUGUGUCUGUAGGGGCCUAGAACACCUACACUAAUUAUAAAAGCAAUAUUAAGUUAACAUAUCUAAACUGAAAACAUUGCUGGCUUGGUUAACUUUUCCAGUUUGGCUAAAUGUAAAAAUAUCACUUUGAAUUCCUAUGAAAUCAUACUUAAGUGAAUAACUCUCGUGGUGUACAGUAUAUUCUGGUGUUUAGUGAAUACACAGCUGAGGAUAAAUAUAUAAUAAAAUCACAAGGAUGCUGUAAGGAAAUUUUGCAUAGCUAACUUUUCACACGUGUUAUUGCGAUCAUUUUCAGUACAGGAGGAACACGUUGCAUUACUGUAUUUGCCACUAGAUAAUUUGUAUUGCUUGCCCUGCUGCUCAAAUUUAAUUAAAUUUCCUAUUUAACGGGACAUAAUAGUGUUAGGAAUACAAAUGUGUAUUCUUAACACUAUAGUGCUUUCUCUGAGGUCUUCGGCCCCACCUGUGGGGAGUAAAAAAGGGUAGUCUGCUUGCGCACUGCUCUCAUGCCUCCUUGGCUGAAAUCAUUGAUGAUCUCAGACAAGUCAAAGCUUUUCCCAUAAGAAAGCAUUUCGUAAAUGCACAGCAAAAUGCCAUGCUCAGACCAUCUGAUUGAAAUAGCAGAGUUUUACUCUUGUAUUCUGUCAGAAGCACCUCUAGUGGCUGUCUGAGUGACAGCAACUGGAGUAAUUUAAUCCCUGCAAUUAAAAUAUUUCCGUUUUGCCGCGCUUUCAGGGUUAAGGGGGAGGGUGCAUUGAGGUGAAAUGGUCUGGGUGUCUAUAGUGCCCCUUUAAUUAAGGAUUCUUGUCCUCUAGACUUCCAGUUAUUAGGUUCCUCGAUCAUACUGUACUGCAAUAUAGUGCUAUAUAAUAGUAUGUAUUCAAGUGAGUAUGGAAAUUUUCUAAUUUCAAAGUUUUACAUCCCGUCCUUUCUGCUGUGAAUGGAGGAGCUAAUUUAUAAAUCCAUGCUGCCAUGGUUCAAUAAAAAGCUCUUAGAACACUUUUAAAAAGAAAUGUCUUUUUAAAUAGGCCAUUUAAAUAGAGAAGGAAUUCAAGAUUAGUUAUAAUUUACUAGUCCUCUUACUACUGUAUCCUAAAUGCAGUCUCAAAUGGUUCUAAUGGAUCCUGACUCCAUAAUGGCUAUUUAAAAAAAUAAUUCUCUGUUCAAAUCACUAAUUUGCACACAAAUUAUAAAACAUGAAUGCUAAGCAAUAAAGGAAAGCUGGACUGUGAUGGCAUACUCAGGAACCUGGCAUCCGGUUGCUGCUUUCUGUUAAUGUUUGAGAUGUGAAAGCUAUCAUGUUGAAUAAGCAGAUUGUGGUUGGCUGCAUACACUUUCCCCCUUUCUGAUACCUGGAGAGAGUCUUAUUGCCUCCCGGGAUGUUUGGCAGCUAGUACUUCCACCCUUCUGAUUUUUAACUGGCAAAAAAAUAUUGAAAUAAAAAUGCUCAAAUAUUUCUGAGUUUGUGUUUCUUUCAGUGAAUCUUGUAUGAGACUAUUAUAUCCCGUUGAUUGAGAGUUAAUAAUUGAU